AUCGAUUUGUAGACUGAAUUUUGUUUUUGUUACACAUCUCGAGGCUCGAACCGGUGCCUUAGAGAUGAGUGAACGGAGGGAUUACGCGCGGAGGGAGCAUCGAUCAAGCAGUGAAGAACGUGGUGGAUAUAGAAGCCAUGAGAGACCGUACCGUAGAUCUCCACCAAGAUGCUUCGGCUGUGACGAGCGUGGACAUUACGCAAACCAAUGCCCCAACAGGGCUCGACCGUCGACGUCGCACGAUACCCGCAGGGGAAGGUCGACAUCUCCAAAAGCUGUCUCAAAAGCGAAGAAUGAUGAAGCUGAAGCUCUACAGCGGCAGAUCGAAGAACCGAACCGAAGCUUGGCCUCGGUUUCAGAGCUCGUUCGGUGCGAGAAGGCGAAGAAAGCUGAAGAAGAGAGACUACGUAAGGAAGCGGAGGAAGAACAACAUCGUAUCCGUGAAGAGAAAGAAGCACGUGAGAAGAAGGAGAAGAAGCGAUUAGCCAAGCUAAAGAAAGACGCGGAGAGAGAGGCAGAGAUGGACAAGAGAUUUGAGAUACGAAUCGCGAUUCGAACGGGUGAUUUUUUCGAUUGGAUGGAGGCCAACCUUGGCCGGGCGCUGGAAUUCGCAAAGAAGGUUAAAGGCAAGAAGAAGGUCGUGGUACUAUCGAAAGAAGACUCCGAACAUGCGAGCAGUAGUAGUGAGACAGAGAAACUGCGCCAGAAGACGGGGAGGUUGACGAUAAGUGAGAAGCGUAAGAGGGGCCCCGAACCUGUCUUUGAUGAUAGCCCUCCGAUGAUCACUCCGAAAAGAACUCCCUGGACGCAGACAACAAAAGGAGGAGCGACGACUGGGCGCAUCACAAGUUCGAAACACAAGAUGAAAACCAAGUUGUCUCCCUAUGUGGAGAAUAACAAGACAAACCUGUCGAAUAUUUUGGCGAAGCUGCAUUUUCGAAACCAAGUCAUGGAGGAGAUUCGUUGCCUAGACGCACAAGAACUCCAGUCGAUAUGCAAGAACGAAGGAGUUACCUACAACGGUAAGAUGGAGGCGAUCUUUGACAUCGCAAGCCAUCGCACCAGAGUUGCCUUUGGGGAAAUUCCUGGUUGUGAGCAAUCUGAGUCCGUUGAAUUGGAGGACGAAGACAUUACAACUGUCGAUGAAGGUGAACCGGAAGAUGAUGAGGCGUGAGAACCCUACGGAACUGAGGAGAUAUGGGCUAUUGUACAUGAGUUGACCGAGUACAGGAAUGCUUGUGGACGUGU